AUGGCCAAAGUCGCAUUUAUCACGGGUGGGAACGGCAUCACCGGCUCGGCAGUGCUGGAGUAUCUGGUACGAAACACGAGGCCCGACGAAUGGAGCCAGUUUAUCGUCACCUCUCGGUCUCCCUUCAAAACGGUCGUCCACGAUGAUCGGAUAAAGUUCAUUCCGCUCGACUUCAGCGAGGACGUCGACCGGCUGGUCGAGAAGAUGCGGCCCGUAUGUGGGCAGGUCACGCACGCCUACUUCUCGUCAUACAUCCACAGGGACGAUUUCAAAGAGCUGAACACGGCCAACGAGAAGCUGUUUUCGAAUUUUCUGGACUCGUUGCUCGCGGUGGCUCCUCGGCUCGAGAACUGCACCCUCCAGACCGGCGGCAAGCACUACAAUGUCCAUCUGAUGCCGGUUCCAUCCCCGGCACGGGAAGAGGACGACCCGCGAAGGGACAGUCCGAUUGGCAACUUCUACUACCAACAGGAAGAUUACCUGAUGGAGCGCCAGAGGGGGACAAAAUGGACCUGGAACGUCAUUCGACCAGAGGCGAUUGUCGGCUACACUUCCAAGCCCAACGGCAUGAACUCGGCCUUGACUUGUGCGCUGUAUCUCCUGGUGUGCAAGGAGCUGGGAGAAGAGGCGAGAAUGCCGACCAAUGCGCGGUACUGGGCUGGCUAUGACGACCUCUCCGAUUCGAGGUUGAUCGCUGAUAUGACAAUCUGGGCGUCGACCAAUCCAAGGACCGGCAAUCAAGCCUUCAACGUCGCCAACGGCGACUACUUCUCGUGGAGGUACAUGUGGCCGCGGCUGGCCGCCUACGUCGGAGCCCGCGCUUCAUCCGAGCAAAAGUUCAGCAGCAAGCCACCACUGCCAGCGACGGGAGAGGGAGAUGUGCAGCUUGACACGAGCUUCGCCGAGUGGGCCAAGGACAAAAGGGGCGUCUGGGACUGCUUGUGCGACAAGCACGGUUGUCCAGAAUCCAAACAAACCUGGGAUGCUGGAACUUGGGCGUAUCAGGACUGGGUCUUUCAGCGCACUUGGUCUGCCACAUUGAGCAUCAACAAGGCCAGGAAGUUUGGCUGGACCGGCCACAUUGACUCCUACCAGUCGCUCACAGACGCCUUUGACAAAUUUGUCGAGUUGAAACAGAUUCCACCUUUCAGGUAA